AUGUCUUCCAUGAUGCCCGCCGCAGACAGCGUGGCCCGCACAAUGGGCUCCGUCGUGGCAAAAAUCAAGGCGGUCGCCGACAAGGCCAACAGACUGCCACCGAGGGUCGUCGCUGUCAGCAAAACCCAGCCUGCAGAGCGCAUAGCGGCAGCCUAUGAGGCAGGAAUGAGGCACUUCGGUGAAAAUUAUGUUCAGGAACUCAUUGAGAAGGCCCCCCAACUGCCAGAGGACAUAGAAUGGCAUUUCAUUGGACAUCUGCAGUCGAAUAAGGUCAACAAGCUCUUAGAGGGAGUUCCCAACUUGAAGAUGAUUGAAACUGUGGACAGCGAGAAGCUGGCAAACAAACUUAACAAGGCCAUCCUGUCCCUUGCUCGGCCACCACUAAACAUCAUGGUCCAGGUCAACACCAGCGGCGAAGAAUCGAAGAGUGGCCUGAGUCCAGAGGACGUGGUGUCCUUGGCAAGGCAUGUGCACACACAGUGUCAAUACCUCGAGUUAAAAGGCCUGAUGACCAUUGGUAUGCCAGACUACACAUCCCACCCAGAAAACUUUUUGUGUCUGCUGAAGUGCCGCGAAGCUGUGUGCAGAGACCUUGAUAUACCUGUUGAUGACCUGGAUCUGAGCAUGGGGAUGUCUGGAGACUAUGAGCAAGCUAUCGAAAUGGGGAGCACCAAUGUGCGGGUUGGGUCGGCUAUUUUUGGAGCGAGGGAUUAUUCUCUGUGA